CGUAAGCCUUCAGUACAGACACGAUGUAGUCGCGCGCCUUCUUCUGUCGAUUUGGCGUUUAGAGAAAUAUUACAUCGUCGGCCGCGGCCAGCAAGAUAGACCAUACAUUUAGUGAGAAUAUCAAAGGCUGUGAUAUCGUAUCGUGUGUAGAGAUGGAGCAGAAGGACACAGAGAUGCACGAGAAAGGAGUUUCUUCAUCCACCAGCGGAGUUGUUGUCCAAGUUCGAGAAAAGAAAGGACCUUUACGGGCAGCAAUCCCAUAUAUGCCUUUUCCUGUAGCUGUAAUCUGCCUGUUCCUCAACACAUUUGUUCCUGGGCUGGGUACUUUCGUUUCGGCGUUCACAGUGCUGUGUGGUGCUAGGACGGAUCUGCCAGACCGACAUGUGUGCUGCGUGUUCUGGCUAAACAUCGCUGCAGCCUUCAUCCAGAUCCUCACUGCUGUGGUCAUGGUGGGGUGGAUUAUGAGCAUAUUCUGGGGCAUGGACAUGGUUAUCCUUGCAAGUGAGCAUUAAUUUUUUUAAAUCAGUCAAUAAAUUUUAAUGUUAAUUAAAUUAAUUGUCUUACAAAAUCCUAAGGCCACAUAUUCACAAUAUUGCCAAAGCUAUCCAAAUCAUUGAACUCAGUUGUUUCAGUCACUUCCAUGUAUAUAAAACCAAAUACUUAGACAUGCAGACUGCUUCUACUAACAUUAGUGAAAGAAUGUGUCCCCCUCAGGACCUUAGUGAAUUCCAGUGAGGUACUGUAAUAGGAUUCCUGUGCAACAAAUCCACUUGUGAAAUUUCCUCACUAUUAAAAAUUCCACGGCCAAAUGGCAGUGAUAUUAUAACGAAGUGGAAGCAACACCACAAACUCACUCUGUCAAAUAACAGAGCCAGCGUGUUAUAAAGCAUAGAGAGCAAUAGCUUUCCAUGGCAGAGCAGCUCCAUCCAAGCCUUACAUCACCAAAUGCAACACUAGCGAGUGAAUACUUUUGGCAAUAUACAAAUUGUACAAAUGUCUGAGAUCACACAUAUGACAUUUAUUUUGAUAUUCCAGCCUGCAUAUAACUAACAUAAUAUCUUUUGUGUGUUAGUGUGUCCUCUCCACUAGAACUUGAUCCUCUUAUCAGAGACUUUUGCACAAACAUUGGAGUACACUUAGUUUAACUUACACCUUCAAAAUAUCAAGAAACAGUUCUGUGGUAAAAUUUCAUUUCAAAAACAGAUUUGAGGAGUUGGAAAAGAGUCAAGGGACAUUUAUUAUGGGUCUCAGAUGUAUGGACAUCCCUGUAGUAGACAUCCAACAGCAUUCUUGUAUUAGUCUUUAUUUAGUCUGUACCACCACAAAAAAAUUAUAAUUUUAGUACACAUUUUUAAUUAGACGUGUAAGAACUGGCCCAAGCAAUGUUUAAAUAAACAACCCCAAGUCUGUGCAGUUCCUCCUAUAUUUUGUUGCACCUGCUUUGUAGGGAACACAUGGAAAGCACUGUGGUAAUUGCUAUAUGUAGGCGGUUGAAGCAACUCCCAGAGCGCUCUCUCUGUAUUUUCUUUGCGUAAAUAUUUUAAAUCUUCUUCUUGUGAUCUUUUCCAAACAUGGAUACAUUUCCCAGCUGUUUUGUGGCCUAGGUGACUUUGACUGGGAGUUUUCACAAGACUCAAGACAAGAUGCUAUUUUUGUAGAUUGCCAAGAAUUAACAACUGAUUUCCAAUUUCUUUUCCAUGCUGCCACACUUGAAUCUGCAAGUCUCUGAAGGCUACAGAGAGCAGGCGGCUGCCCAGCAGCUCUGAGGUGUAUAUCUGCAGAAAGACCGGAGCUGUCUGGCUACUACCUACAGGAGCAUCAAAGUAGCCUCCACUACACGAGGCUCCACUACACGAGGAGAAGGGCUAGCUGCAGUAAGAUCCUCUACCUAAUCACAUUUCCAGACUGUUGGAAUGGCGGAGUUACAGUAUCCCCGAAGCUCAAAGAGCUCUGUGAAUAUUACAGAAACACCAUUAAUGUGCCAUCUCUGUGUGCUAAACUUAUUCAUUCCUGUCAGAGUUAACCUCUCAUUAAUCUGUCUGCUCUUUAAUUCUGUAAAAAACACGGAUGUAAGACAAGAACUCAAACUGUAUAUAAAAGUAACAGUUUUAAAUCAUUCAUGCAUUACUUUAAAGCUUUGGGAUAUUGAAGGAAGUGGAAGUUCAGUGAUGUCAUUCUCGUCUUGCUAUGAGGAUGUCUACAUACUCUAUACUCUACACUAGAGAUCCUCAUUAGCGAUCAUGGAUGGUGGGUGUCCAGCACAGGUUAUCAUUCUAAAAUACAUCUGCUAGGUUUAGUAAUUAACAAAGUAUGUUUGGCUGUGAAUGAUGGCCUUUGCUUUACACCAGCUGUCUAUACCCCUCGUCCUGGAGAGCAGCUAACUUCUUUCAGGUUUUAACUCCAGCCCAGAUGUAACACACCCCAAUCAACCAAUCAAACUUCUGGAGACAGUGAUUACUUCUAGUUCUUAGUUAUUUGAAUGAGCUGGGAUUUUCUGCAGGAAGAGACCUCUCCAGGAGAAGGGGUGCAGAACACUACCCUACAGUGCACUUAGUUAUAAAUGAAUACAGCUUCCAGUCAGUGUUUCUAUAUAUAUAUAUGUAAUGUAUAUUACAGUUGUGUAUGUAAACUUUCUUCUGAAUCUGUACUAUAUUUCUGUUCUAUUUAGAAAUUGUUAUUACCCCACUGCCCUUAUAGUUUGUAAAUAUAAAACAGGGGAAUAUGUAUUAUUUAUUUAUCAAAUUAUUUUGUACAACACAACAGUAUCUGCACAGAUACCUUGAAAUACCUUGAGACAUUUAUCUUGAUCUCAAUGUAGAACACAUUUGUCAUUUAUUUUGUAACUUAUUUAUUGGAUGUUGUAUAUUGAAGCAGUAAUGCUGGAUCAUGCAGCAAAUUGUGCUAAUGGGCAGUUGCCUAGAGACUGUCUCCUUUAAUGAACUGCUCAGCAGAUUAAUGAGUUAUAUAUUCCUUAUGGCAUGGCAAGAGCUGAAUGGUCAAAAUGGUAUUACAUUUUUUGAGAGUGAGCCUGAAAAAUGAUCCAUUUGUUUAAAAUCUUUAGAUUUAAAGCAGUAUAUCAGAAUGUUAAAUUUGAUCUUUAUUUGUCAUGCAUACUGUUCCAUAUACAAUAUUUUCAAUAGGUUUUCCUGUACCAACAAAAGAACAGAACACCUGUAUACUUCAAUUUUACAAAAUCAGUUGGAUUCUGUAAAUAAUUGUAAAUAUGUGGCUGUUUGACGCAGUUGAUGUGAUAUGAAAGUGCAUCAUAGAGAAGAGACAUUCUGUUUAAAUGCUUUGUUUUUGAAGAAGGUUGCAUACAGCCUCUACCAAUCAAACCUCACUUUAGCCCCACUUUUUCUUGUUCCCAGCUCUAGUGUCAUAGUAGAUGAUACAAUGACUAGAUACCGUUUUUUAAAUUUGAAAAGUAUUAUGGAUGGCUUUGAUCUAUAGAUUUAUAACUCUCACAUUAGGUCUUAUUGGUGGAGUCCAGGACUGUUCUGUUCUUUUCUACGCAUGGGGAAAAAGCAGCAUUGUUAACUAUUAUCUUUAACAUGGAUGUUAUUUAAUAGACUAUUGUAUAGGUAAGACAGGUAGAGAUCAGGCUGAAAAUGUUGCAGUUCACUCAUAGUAGAGUUGUGUUUUUAUUUUGCUGUUUUCCACAUUGUGGGAGAAUAGCACCUGUGGAAAUAUGAAAUACAGUUAUCUUUAAAGGCAAUUAAAAUGAUCUUAUAUAUUUAAGCUUCUACAAAUUGACCACUUUACCUUGAUUCCAGUUCUGCAGACUGUUGUAAUUUUAAUGCCACUUCAAAUAAUUUGUUUCUAAAAGACUUGAAGACAUUCAAGGAUUGAACAAAGAAAAAAGAAAAUCAGUUGUGUUAGUGACAGUGACAGUCUGGAUGCCCAAAACCUUUUUUACAACAUUCUUGACACAUCAGUGCUUUUAAAAUAGGCUUGUUUAAUUGCCUAAAAGAGUGUUUAUGUAAGGUCCAUUAAAAUGCUUCAUAUAUUUUUUUCUAGUACAUAUGUAUUUAAACCUCUGUAUUUAAAAUCCACAGACAAGUCUGUUAUUUAUCAUUAAGUCUUAGCAAAUGCUGUAUUAUGUGUGUGCUCAUUGGGUGUGAUCAUUGUUGUGACACCAAGAAACUGAAACAAUCUAUAUAUGGAACUCGUGUGUUUGAAGUGCUGCCUUUUGUAUGAAAGAAUUAAAAAUCUGUAUCAAAUGGGAGCAAAACUGCUUUUGUCAUUUACAGACAGGAUUAAAGCUGUGCUCAAAUGAAACAUGUAUAGUUCCACAUUGCUGUAACUUAGAAGGUGCCGUAUCGAAUAAAACCUGCCUGCAAUUA